AUGGCUACAAUCAUGAAACGGGCCACAAAGACGUUGCGGAGUGCCCCCUCGCCUCCUAUGUGUUUUCCCACCAGCGGGUUCGAAACCGUCCGUCCCUCCGAUGUGCUUGAUGAGGAACGGUUUGAGAAGUUCAAACAAGGACGAUAUUAUCCUGCUAAUAUUGGCGACGUCCUUAUUUCCAAAUACCAGAUUGUUGGUAAACUUGGUUUUGGGACUACUUCUACUGUAUGGCUCGCUCGUGAUCUUGAAGGUCAUCGAUAUGUGACACUCAAGAUCUACACUCGUGGCGAAAGUAACAAGGAAGAGUUUGAGAUCUAUAAGCAACUAAGUCAAGGGCGUUCAUGGCAUCCUGGCCAUGCCCAUGUAAGGAAAGCACUAGAUAUCUUCACAAUCCCCUCUUCGGGCGGCAACCAUCCGUGCCUUGUUCAGAAUCCGACGUGGGAGAGUUUUAGGGACCUUCUAUAUCGCAAUCCCAACCAUCGAUUUACCGAAGAUCUCCUCAAACCUGGUCUUAUGCAGAUAUUUCUUGCACUUGACUAUCUGCACACUGAAUGCAACCUUGUCCACACCGGCAAGUCCGAUAAUAUCCUUCAAGAAAUAGAAGACAAGUCCAUCCUUGAAAGUUUUACCCAAGCUGAGCUGGAGAGCCCUUCACCUCGCAAAAUCGUCAAUGGCUUGCCCGUUUAUGCUUCACGACGUUUCGACUUGCCGAAGGUGUUUGGUCGAGCAGUUUUAAGUGAUUUUGGCUCUGCCGUACGAGGAGAUGAGAGGAGGAAUCACGAUGCACAGCCAGAUGUUUAUAGAUCGCCAGAGGUGAUGCUGAAGACUGAUUGGAGCUACCCGGUUGACAUAUGGAAUGUUGGUGUUAUGGUGUGGGAUUUGUUUGAGGGGAGACACCUUUUCCAUGGAAAUGACCCUGAUGGCAAAGGGUACUCGACCCGGGCGCAUCUUGCAGAAGUCAUGGGUAUUCUAGGGCCACCCCCUUUAGAUAUGCUUCAACGUGGAAAACGGAGCCAUGAAUUCUUCACCAGUGAUGGAAAAUGGAAACAAGACGUAGAGAUUCCGACAGGGGUCAGUUUGGAGCAGUCGGAAGUGUUUCUCGAAGGAAGGAAUAAGGAGAUGUUUAUAGCUUUCUUGAGAGGGAUGCUUCAGUGGCGGCCUGAAGAUAGGAAGACUGCAAAGGAUCUACUCCAUGAUCCGUGGCUGAAUGAUUAG